GUGCGUUACUGUACAGCAAAAUCAGCGCAAGCCAUUUAGUGAUAGCGGUGCGCCGUGAACAGGACCUCUUUUGAGAGCGAUCGUCGAGCAGCUGGCAGUUUGAAACCAGCCAACAGUUUGUGGGUUUUUGGUUUGGUUUUAAAAGAUAAUCUUUGUGGAAAAGUGUGAUCGUGAUCGUGACUAAGGAGAGAUAGCAAAGGUUCUAUUCUGUUUGGAUGAUAGUAAAAGUGUUCUUUCCGAAAGGUGUGCUUUUAAGCGUGUGUUCAGACAGACUGUGAUUAGCUACGCGGUGUGAGAUGUUGGGCGGUGUGUUGUUGUGAAAUGGUUGGUCACAUAUUUCGUGUCAGUUGAUAAGAGAGCUCCGUCGCGUCCGGCAAACAAGAGAGAAAAGUGAACAGGAAAAGUGAACAAGAUCUUCUCGCGGCUCGUGCAAAUGAACCGGUGUACAGCAAAAAUGUCACCCAUUUGGUUGGUCUUGUUUAUCCUUACGACUCCGAAUCUACUAGCGGAUGGCCACGAUGACACUUUCUUUCAAACGCUUUUCGAUGAAACCAGCGUCCUGUUCAACAAUGGUACACCCCGCAUACCGGACACGAAGGUUUUCCGGAAGGAGUACGAUUUCAUCAUCAUCGGUGCCGGUUCGGGUGGAUCCGUGAUGGCUAACCGAUUGUCGGAAGUACGGGACUGGAACGUGCUGUUGCUGGAGGCGGGCAAGGAAGGUAACAUGCUGACCGAGGUACCGCUGACGGCUGGCCUGACCACCAUUACAGGUUACAACUGGGGCUACAAGGCUGACCCGAUGAAGGGUGCCUGUUUGGGGCUGAAGGGAGGCGUCUGCAAUUGGCCUAAAGGGCGCGGUCUCGGCGGCACCAGUCUCAUCAACUUCCUCAUCUACACACGCGGUCACCGAAGCGAUUACGACGGUUGGGAGCAGGCAGGCAACCCUGGCUGGGGCUAUCGUGAGGUGCUGCAGUACUUCAAGAAGUCGGAACGUGUGCAGAUUCCCGAACUGCAACACUCCCCGUACCGUUCUACAGCGGGACUGGUCGACGUGGAAGAGUCUCAAUUUGAGACACCCCUGUUGAAGCGGUUCAUUGAGGCGGGGCGUGACCUCGGGUACAUGGAGACAGAUCCAAACGGGGAAAUUCAACUCGGUUUCGGUAAAGCCCAAGCGACCAUGCGCAGAGGACGUCGAUGCAGUGCGUCCAAGGCUUACCUCGUACCAGCCUCAAGACGUCCCAACCUGGACAUAUCAAUGUACUCCCGCGUCACCAAAGUGCUGAUUGAUCCGGUAACGAAGCAAGCGUACGGUGUGGAGUUCAUCAAGCGUCGACGGCGGUAUGUGAUAAGGGCGCGUAAGGAAGUGAUCCUGGCGGCGGGUGCUAUAGCCUCGCCGCAGCUGUUGAUGCUGUCCGGUGUCGGCCCCAGGGAGCACCUGAAGGAGAUGGGCAUUCCCGUGGUGCAGGAUCUACCGGUAGGAUAUAACAUGCAGGACCAUUUGAAUCUGCCAGGGUUGGUGUUUCCGGUGAACCAACCGGUGACGGUGCGGGAACGAGACAUGCGUUCGCCGCGCCCCAUUAUCGACUAUCUGGUACAUGGCCGGGGUCCAUUCACCUCUCCGGGCGGUGCGGAGGGUGUCGCUUUCGUAAAGACUAACAUUAGCUUCACGCCCUCUGAUUAUCCGGACAUUGAGCUGGUCAUGGGCACAGGUGCUUACAACAACGAUGAGUCGGGUACGCUGCGGGCAACGAUCGGCUUUACGGACCAGUUCUACCACAGCACCUACGGCUCGAUCCUCGGCAAGCACGCGUUUUCGGUCUCACCGGUUCUGAUGCGGCCGAAGAGUCGCGGUCGAAUCUCGCUCAAAAGCACCAACCCGUUUCAUUGGCCCCGCAUGGAGGGUAACUUCUUUGCGGACUAUGACGAUCUUCUCGUGCUGCGGGAAGGCGUCAAGCUGACGGUCGAUCUGAUCGAAUCUCGCAGCUUCCGUGACGUUGGGGCACGGUUGCACAGUACACCGUUUUACGGCUGUGAGCAGCAUCGCUUCCGAAGCGAUGAGUAUUGGGAGUGUGCCAUCAGACGUAUCGGUAGUACGUUGCAGCAUCAGUGCGGUACGUGCAAGAUGGGACCUGUGACCGAUCCGGAAGCGGUCGUCAAUCCACAGCUGCAGGUGUACGGCAUCCAGGGGCUGCGUGUCGUCGACGCAUCGAUCAUACCAACCAUACCGGCAUCGCACACCAACGCAGUGGUGUUUAUGAUCGGCGAGAAGGCGGCCGACAUGGUGAAAGACUUUUGGGCCAACGAAAUACGCUAACCAUCGCUGGUGUCGGCGAGACCUUUUCUCACUCUCUAGUCAACUUUGAUCACCGUUUUGCCCGGUGAUCGUAGCACAGUCCCGGCGAAGGUGUCGGAGCACACGCACGCACGUCUCGCGAGUUGCUUGCGUGCACAAAUCUUCCCUCGUUUCUGCCCUGCCCAUCUUCUCUUCCCAUGAAAGAGUUGCCAACCGAGCGUUCGGUGUAGAAUUAAGCGAAAUAAAGAGACUGCUCUACUGUAAACAAACGGUAAUAAACGGUUUCCACGCCGGGCGCGUUUAUUUGCGUAA